ACAAUUUAUUGGUAUCGUCGAUUUUUGUAUUUUGCGUAUAGCUGGGUUGACAGUGACCUUCGCGAAGUCACUAUCAAGUUCAUGAAAUAUAUAAAUAUCUCGGGAUAGGAACGCUACGUUUUCUACUAUAUCGACGAUACAGUAUUUAUCGAACAAGACUUAAUUUUGAUACUUGAAACCGAUUAAAGCAUCCAAGUAGACGACUUUUCUGUCACCUCGAAUCUUUAAUUCGACACAUAUACUUUCUGUGCAUACAUAUAUGUAUACGUGCGUGCGUGCGUGCGUGCGUGCGUGCGUGCGUGCGUGCGUGAUAGAACACAAUUCGUAUCGUAUAAAAAAUGAAUUCGUUUUAUUGUUGCAACACGCGCGAUAUACAUAUUAGUCUACGUUUGUUUAAACGUUCUGUAAAAGAUUUGGGUAUUAAUUCCCGAAAAAUAUUGAUGAGAUAUGCAGCAUCAGGUUGAACAAAGGCUUCCAGAAACCUUAGCGUACGAGUACCUCGACAGUGUCGAAACAGGUUGUGGCACAAGUCCACGAAAUGACUGCGGUAGAGGCACCGCAUUUUAUCCGCACCAUCGAAUGGGAUAUGAUGGACAAAACAAAGUUUUUUCCACUAAGCAUGCUGUCGUCCUUUUCGGUACGCUGUUGUUUAUACCCAUUAACGGUAAUCAAAACUCGUUUACAAGUUCAAAGGCACAAUCGUAUGUACACUGGAAUGAUAGAUGCUUGCAAAAAAAUAUACAAAGUUGAAGGUGUAUCGGGUCUUUAUAGAGGAUUCUGGAUAAGCUCUAUACAAAUUGUAUCCGGUGCAUUUUACGUAUCUACGUACGAAGGCGUGCGCCACAUACUUGGACAAGAUUGCGUUAUAGGUCGUAUAGAUUCGCGGGUUAAAGCACUAAUUGCUGGUGGUGCUGCUAGUUUGGUAGGGCAAACUAUAGUAGUUCCUUUUGAUAUUCUAAGUCAACACUUGAUGGUUCUCGGGAUCAGUAAUACCAAACGUGGGAAAAAUUAUAUAGACAAAAUGGAUAUAAAUCCAUUGGGUUUGACUCUCGAGCCUGGAAAAACUCGUGCUCGGAUAUCGGUAGAUAUUAUCAAAUUGAUUUAUCAGACAGACGGUUACAGAGGUUUCUAUCGAGGGUACAUCGCAUCGUUAUGCGCUUACGUUCCUAAUAGUGCACUUUGGUGGGGAUUGUAUAUAUCUUAUCAAGAAGAGCUUAUCCGACUAUUCCCGGAAUGGUUUUCUCAUUUGUUCAUUCAAGCUGUGGCUGGUACGUUGGGAGGAUUUACUACUACGAUUAUUACAAAUCCUCUAGAUAUAGUACGGGCAAGAUUACAAGUGCAAAGAUUGGAUAGUAUGUUUAGCGCAUUCAAAGUUCUUUGGGUCGAAGAAAGAUUACAAAUGUUCACGAAAGGACUGUCCGCGCGUCUCGUACAGUCUGCUUGUUUUAGUUUCUCAAUAAUUCUAGGAUACGAAACAAUAAAAAGAUUCAGUAUAAACGAGGAGUACAAAAGUUAUAUUAGGUGGUAGAUUCGUUUAUGCUUGAAAUUUGUAUAAAUAAUUUGUAUGAUUAUGCAUUUCUCGCCGAUUCUGUAUUAUACACAAAAGCAACAGAUACGCAACAAAGAAAAGAGAAUGAGAUCAUAAAAAUAUGAUCGUAGGUUUAAAUUGUUUUGUUGACGGUAUACUUGUUAUAAAAAGUGAAUAUUAUAAUUGUAAGUAUGGUCGGUAGAUGUGAGAAAAAUCGAUUAAAAGAAAUAAAUUAUGAAUUUUAAGAGGAAUCAAUUUAACCAUCAAUAGGACAUAGAUAUUUGUUACUAUGUUUUUGGUAGCUCGACACGGGAUAUUAUUGUUAGAUUAGGUAUAUCGCUGUGAUAGCAUACAUACGGUACCAGAGAGAACGUGUACGUUUAAUAGAAAAAUAAGAUUUCUCUCUAACGAAUUCUGUAUAAAAAAAUAUGAUAACAUUUCAUAGGAAAAGUAUACGGUAGACAGAAUGUUUAAACAAAUAAAGUUAUUAAUUAUA